UGGAGACCGACCAUCAGUCACUCUGACUUCCAGAAACUUCUACACAAUUUGACGGCUGUCAAGAUCCGAGGCACCUACAGUGAACGGAGUGCUGGUUACCUCGAUGACGUCUCCUUGGUAACAGCGAGGCGGGGCCCAGGUGUGCCGGCCCGCUGGGUCGAGCAGUGCACCUGUCCUCAGGGUUACCAGGGUCAACACUGUGAGCAGUGCACUCUGGGAUACCGCCGCGCCCGCCCAGAGCUUGGCGCCUUCAGCUCCUGUGAACCCUGCAACUGUAACGGACACAGUGACGCCUGCGACCCAGCCACAGGAGCGUGCGACUGUCUGCACAACACGGCCGGUUUGAGCUGUGAGCGCUGCAAAGACGGCUUCUAUGGCGACGCCACCAAGGGAACGUCUGACGACUGUCAGCUGUGUCCCUGCCCCGCCGGAGCCACCUGCGCCGUUGUUCCCAAAACCAGAGAGGUCGUCUGCACCAACUGUCCCGCCGGGACCACAGGUAAGCGCUGCGAGCUCUGCGACGACGGUUUCUUCGGAGACCCUCUGGGCCAGAACGGCCCGGUUCGAGCCUGCCGAGCCUGCAAGUGCAGCGACAACAUCGACCCCAACGCCGUCGGCAACUGCAACCGUGAAACCGGCGAAUGCCUGAAGUGCAUCUACAACACUGAUGGCUUCUUCUGCGACCGCUGCAAGGAGGGUUUCUAUGGCAAAGCCACCAACCCCACGGACAAGUGCAAACCCUGCUCCUGUUCUCCGUACGGGACGGUGGGUCGACAGACCAGCUGCUCUCAGGUCACCGGUCAAUGCCCGUGUCUCCCCAACGUCGCCGAGCGCGACUGCAGCGCCUGCGAGCCCGGCUUCUUCAACCUGCAGAGCUCCAACGGCUGCGAGCGGUGUAACUGUAACCCGAUUGGCUCCACCAACGGUCAGUGUGACAUCACUACAGGCCAGUGCGAGUGUCAGCCCGGCAUCACAGGGCUGCACUGCGAACGCUGCGAGGUCAACUUCUUCGGCUUCAGCUCGUCCGGCUGCAAACCAUGUGACUGCGACCCUGAGGGCUCUCAGUCGGGUCAGUGUAAAGACGACGGACGCUGCGAGUGUCGUCCGGGCUUCGUCGGAGCUCGAUGUGACAUGUGUGAGGAGAAUUACUUCUACAACCGCACGGUGCCGGGCUGCCAGCAGUGUCCUUCCUGCUACAGUCUGGUCAGAGACAAG